ACAAAAUAAAUUGUUCAGUGUAGGAAUUAGUCGUGUGUUGUAGCGAUUCAUUUUCGUCUUUUUACUUUUUAAGUGAAAAUAUGACAAUAUUUGGCAAAUUUAUUACGUUUGUCGACUAUACAGUCUGAACUUUAUAAGGAAUAAUAAAUUAGAAAGUUCUAUUUUGAAAUUUGAAUAAUUUAUUUGGAAGAGUGGAAACUAAACAUUGGAAAAAUUAUAAAAAAGUCCAGAUUAAGUGGAAACAGGUUAAUUGAUGACGGCCUGACAGCAGAACGUCACUACAACAUUCCGCUAUCGAUGAAUUACAACGAAGACUGAUUUUUCGUAGUUAGCGCACAUUCCCGAUGAUGUUAUAGAAGCAUCAAAAUGUUUAAGUUGCUCGGAGGCCUGAGCGUUUACUUCAAGUACCAGCCCAUCAAGACUGACAACGCCGUGUUCAGACUGCACAAUGUGUUCACUACGGUUUUAUUGCUGACGUGUUCCUUGAUCAUCACAGCGACCCAGUAUGUGGGACAGCCUAUCCAGUGUAUCGUGGGAGGAGGGCUCCCGGCUCACGUCGUCAACACCUUCUGCUGGAUCACCUCCACCUUUACGAUGCCCGACGCCUUCGCGAGGGAGGUUGGUAAGGAGGUCGCUCAUCCAGGUGUGAUGAACGAAUGGGACAGCACGCAGGAGAAGAAAUACUACACCUACUACCAGUGGGUCUGCUUUGUGCUGUUCUUCCAGGCGAUAAUGUGCUACACGCCUAAGUAUCUAUGGGAUGCGUUCGAGGGGGGUCUCUUACGUACUAUAGUGAUGGGCCUCAACAUAGGAGUCUGUCACGCUGAAGAGAAGGAAAAGAAGAAAGAUAUGAUCAUCAACUACCUCAUCAGACACGAGAGGACUCACAAGUUGUAUGCCCUUCGAUACUGGGGCUGCGAGUUGCUCUGCCUCGUGAAUAUUGUGAUGCAGCUCUGGAUGAUGGACUCUUUCUUCAACGGAGAGUUCUUCUCUUACGGCACCAGAGUGUUGGGAUACAGCGAGGUGCCGCAAGAAGAGAGAUACGACCCAAUGAUCUACGUGUUCCCUCGCGUCACCAAGUGCACGUUCCACAAGUUCGGUGCCUCGGGCAGCCUGCAGACGCACGACUCGCUCUGCAUCCUGCCGCUGAACAUCGUCAACGAGAAGACUUACAUAUUCCUUUGGUUCUGGUACAUCAUCCUGGCGGUCAUACUCGUCCUGCUCGUCAUCUACAGGUUAAUAAUAAUUUUCGUGCCGUCCGUGCGCCCCCGUCUGCUGCACGCCAGGUCCCGCACCAUAGCGAUGGAGUCAGCUCUCAUCAUCUCCCAGAGGACGGACGUCGGUGACUGGUGGCUCCUGUACAUGCUGGCGAGGAACAUGGACCCUCUCAUAUACAGGGAGUUAAUCUCGGAACUAAUAAAACGUAUGGGUGAGAAGACUGGUCCGCGCGCGUGACGUCCCCCGCCCGGUCCGCGCGUCGCCGUCGUCGGCGACUGACUGCGGCCGCAUGACCUCGCAUCCCCUAUAUAUACCCGGGUUAGUCCUUGUGGUACGGCCUGUAUAUAGUUCCAAUUACAUAAGUAUUAAUCUGACGUUCCAAAUUCAAACUGCCCACCCCCCCCCACUUCACAAAUUGUAUGAUUUCAAGUCCCACGAUGGCGCCACUGUACGGCUGCGGGAUACUGUUACUAUACAUAUAAAUAUUUUUCCUACUGUUUCAUACAAACAACGCGGUUCAAAGAAAUGUAAUGUUUGGAGAUCAAUUGGUGACAAUACAAUAAAGUAGUAGACUAAGAAGAUAUACGUAAGAGAUUGCCAUUAGCGAUAUACAGAAGCUUGUCUCGGUGGGAUGAGGUGUGAUCUUAGUGUUUAAAGUUAUGGAGCGAUACAAACAAUAUAUAUAUGAGUCCAAUAAUAUCAAUAUAGAUAUCAAAAUAUCCAAAAGACAUGACGCCACAGAUAAAUAAUAAAGUUAAAAUCACACUUUAUGUGACAAAUUAAUUGUUAUUUAAACAGGUAUGUGCUUUUGUGACUUCAGACAUAUGUACAUGGUUGUAUUUAGUUACGAAUUUCAAAUUUAAGGUACCUGAUAUUGCUCGAAUGAUUUUGCUUGUUGUUAAAAAUGUUGCCAUUUUAAGACGAUUUAUACUUAUAUUGUAUACUAUUGGCCUUUUUACUAAUUUUUGCGCAUAUACUUUGAAUUUACCAAUCGUAUAUUUAGAAACUUUCAGGGUUGUAGUCCCAUCUCUUUUGGUGUGGUGAAGUUAUGAAUUAAAAAAUUAAGUCUGAAUAAAAUUUUUCUAGCUUUUAAAUGGCAACACUAUACCCAAUUCCAUAUUUGGAAUGGAGGCGUUAUAAACUUUUUUGUGUUUUUUUAAAGUUAGUGCCAAUUUUCUAGCAUGACAUUUACCUCAUUUUAUUAUAAUCGUGGCAACGUCUAUGGUCGACGAGAUUGCCGGAACGUUGUUGGAUCUGAAAUUAAUUUUUUACAAGUAUAAAAGACAUUUUUUAUCUCAUUUAUCAUAUCAAUUUUAUGUGAAAUAUUUUAGCCUUACACCAGUGCUGCCAUCUACUUAUAUUUGUGCGUUUUUGCACGGAGUUCGACAUAGAUGACAAUGUUUCUGAACUGAUUUCAAGUAUAGACUGUAAUACGCCUUAUGUAUGUUUAAGUCUAUAUUAUUAUACAUUCGUGACUUAUACAAACUGAUUUACAUAUUUUUAUUUUUAUGAUUGUGUAGUUGCGUGUUGUAGUUUCCUUGAUGUAUUUUACGUAAUGGUCUUGUAUUGUUAUACAGUGAGUAGAAAAAUAAGUUGUUUCUUUCUCUUUCAUGUCAUUCAUGAGUUUAAUAUAGAGUGAGCGAGACAGACAUGUUCGUCUACAGCGCGUCUCAAAUAUUAGCAAUAAACGAUUAUUACCUGUAAGGGACGGUGUGCUCAGACGCGUGUUCGUUUCGUGCCUCUAUGUCGGAGGUAGUUUUCGAUGUGAUUUACAACAAAUAUUUUUAAUGUUAUUCAGACGUUGUUAAGUUUUUCCGUUCGCGCGCGGACUGUGACGCGAUGUUGCCAUAACAAACGCAUCGUGUAGCUGGCAACACUUGUAACGAUCGUCACAUCAAGCCCAGUUGAGUAUCGUGUAUUGUACUGGUUUUGUUUCCAACCUCCCCUAUGGCAUGUAUAACCGAUAUUACCUUAUUAUUUGUGAGGUGUAAGGUAUUCCACUAGAUAUAGUCUAGGAUCCGUCGUGAUCUGUGGUUUUAGUGUAUGCUGUGUAGUGAGCUCUUGGACGUCUCUCGGAUACCAUGAAUCUUUAAAGCAUCUCUAUAUACAUUUAUUCAGUUCAAACUCUAUGUAAAUAUUGAAUGUCUGUCCAUAGAACAGGAAUCCGUCGAAGAUUACAUUGAAUUUUUUAAUGUAAAAUAAUUUAUCACACAUAUAAAGUAUAUAUAUAUUAAUUAAGUUUUUAUGAAUAGAGUUGUUUCAUGCGAAGGCCGGCUCGCCCCUCCACUCCCCAUCCAACGACUCAUUAUACUUAGACUAAGUUUAAUAUUUCGCAUUUAUAUUAUUUAAGUUCGGGAUAUUUUUUAAUAUAUAUUUUUCAUGUAUGGAAUUUUUUUUGAAUACUUUAUUUAUUAAAGAGCUCUAACUAUGGACUAAGUUAUUUUAAAUAAGACGUCUUAACAAAUGUAUGAACUUCGGUUGAAAGCGAAUUAUAUGAUUUUAAUUUUUUUA